UGCAGUAAUACAAGUACUGGCUCCAUCUUCAGCACAGCAAUAUUUAAAAUAAUUUGAGUACAGUGAACAACAGUAAGCUUAGUGGUUUUCUCAUUGUUUUGGCAGUUUUUUGCUUGAAUUAAUGGACAUUAAAGAAUACGUGCACAUAUGUAGAUAGUUGGAAGAUCUUAGUGUAGAACGUAAGAGUGCAAAUGUGUGUUUCCAAGUGGUAUGAAAGACUGUUUAGUAUUUGGUGGCUAAUUCUGUCUGUGGCAGAUGCACUGGGGGGAAAUCACACAUUUUUUUUGUGAGAGUAUCUGAUGGUAACUGCAGUAAGAGAUGUUAGGCUGCACAAACUAAUUGGUAUAGCAAAACUUAUUCAAAGAAGCAUUUCAAAAUAGCUAGUAUGCUUGGGCUGGUUUAAUUAUUUCCAUGCCUACAGUUAUAACCUUGACUCUAGGUGGCAAUACACAUACACAGUAAACUACAGUGAUCUGGAAAGUGUUUUGGGUAUGCUUUUAUUCUGAACUGCUAUUGAACAUUCGAGCAGUGACAUCAUGAAUGCUAAUCAUGCAUUCAUUUGCUUACCGCGAUGUAUAAAUAAGGGCACAUCAACGCACAAGUUCCUGACUAUAAGACGACACAAGGUCUUCAGCAUAAUUAGAGUAGAAAAGUUUUGCCAAUAGUUUUUGGUUCAUCUCUUGUUUCUACCUUCCUUCUCCCCCACCCCACCAAUAACGGCUAAUUUAAACAUACAGGAAUUUGUUGUCACUACUUAGCACUGUUUCCAUUAGUUAAAACUGGAAAGCAAGAUUAACCUGAUUGCAUGUUGGAUGGAAACCUCAGUCUGGAGCUGAAGGCUGCUUGAAACACCUUUGUUAGACAUGGGGAAGAGAAAGGACAUGAAAAGUAGGAGGUGUCAGCUGUUGGGCAUCCAGAACUGAGCUGGCCUCACUGCUGCUGAAGUAACAGACUAUACACUGGGAAUAAAGAAUUUAUGAAAAAAGAAGCAUAAAGGAUGGACAAGCAAGAUCUCUCUGAUCUUAAGUCCCCCAAAUCUUGGAUUGAAGAAGUCUUCAGUAAAAGAGAAUGUGCAAACAUCAUUCCCAAUUUAAAAGAUCCUCACAGAUGUCCGGCAGGAUGCCAGGUGUGCCAGAAUUUAAUCAGAUGCUGCUGUGGACGUCUGAUUGGAGAUCAUCCAGGAUUAGACUGUAGUUGGCCUGUCUAUCAGGCUGCCCUGCAGAGAGAUGAAGAAUGGUCUGUGCAAAAACAUACAAAGAUGAGUCCAACGGAUGCAUUUGGAACAAUCAAUUUUCAAGAUGGAGAUCAUACUUACCAUGCCAAGUAUAUUAGACUCUCCUAUGAUAGCAGUUUGGAUCAGCUGUUACACUUGAUGGUUAAAGAAUGGCAGAUGGAGUUGCCAAAGCUAGUUAUAUCCAUUCAUGGAGGCAUUCAAAAUUUCAAACUUCCCUCAAAGAUCAAGCAGGUUUUCAGCAAAGGACUGGUGAAGGCUGCUGAGACUACAGGAGCAUGGAUAAUUACAGAAGGCAUCAACAGUGGAGUGUCCAGGCAUGUGGGAGAUGCACUGAAAGGUCGUACCUCACCAUAUCUGAGAAAGAUUUGUGCUGUUGGGAUCCCCCCAUGGGGUAUCAUUGAGAACCAGAGGGAUCUCAUUGGCAAAGAUGUAGUUUGCCUAUACCAGACUCUUGGUAAUCCACUCAGCAAGCUAAGUACCCUCAACAGCAUGCAUUCUCAUUUUCUAAUGGCAGAUGAUGGGACAGUAGGCAAAUAUGGGAAUGAAAUGAUGCUCAGGAGGAAUUUGGAGAAGUAUUUGUCACUUCAGAAAGUACACACAAGAAUGGGCCAAGGUGUACCCAUAGUUGGGUUGGUGGUGGAAGGAGGUCCCAACGUCAUUCUAAUGGUGUGGGAGUAUGUGAGGACCAGUCCACCUGUCCCUGUGGUUGUCUAUGAGGGCACUGGCAGAGCUGCAGAUAUCCUGGCUUUUACCCACAAACACACAGGUGAUGCAGGGGAGCUGCGACCUCAAGUGAAGGAGGAGGUUUUGGUAAUGAUUCAAAAUAUGUUUAGUUUGGGACAGAAACAAUCCAGUCAUCUAUUUCACAUUUUGAUGGAAUGCAUGGAGCAUAGAGACUCUAUAACCAUACUUGAUGUGGAGUCUGAAGAGCAGCAGGACAUUGAUUUGGCAAUUCUGACUGCGCUCCUGAAAGGUACAAAUAUGUCUGCUUCAGAUCAGCUGGAUUUGGCAUUGGCCUGGAACCAGCUAGAUAUUGCCAAAAAACAUAUAUUGGUUUAUGGACAACACUGGAAGGUUGGUGCUUUGGAACAAGCAAUGCUGGAUGCUUUAGUGAUGGACCGCGUGGAUUUUGUAAAGCUGUUAAUAGAACACGGAGUGAAUGUGCACCAUUUUCUUACCAUAUCUCGUUUGGAAGAACUCUACAAUACAAAACAAGGACCAUCAAAUCUACUUUUGCAUCACCUAGUUCGAGAUGUGAAACAGAGUACGCUUCCUUCGGAUUAUAAGAUAUCCCUGAUUGAUAUUGGGCUGGUUAUAGAGUACCUCCUUGGUGGAGCUUAUCGGAGCAGCUACACAAGGAAACAUUUCCGAAUUCUGUACAAUGAUCUGUAUAGAAAACACAAGAGAGCGCUCUCCAGCUUUUCUCAGAACCUGUCUCAUUCCCUUCAUCAGAGUAAUCAAAUGGGUAGCAGAAUGGGAUCUGCUGAAAAUACUUUACAUUCUCAGUUCUUCCGAACAGCACAGCCUUACAAAUGCAAGGAAAGAUCCACUGGUUUCCAUAAGUCUAAGAAGAAGUCAAAAGAGGAUAUAAACUUUGCAGAGAACUAUGAGUCAUCUGGCUUUAUCUACCCCUAUAAUGACCUCCUGGUUUGGGCAGUAUUAAUGAAAAGGCAGAAGAUGGCAAUGUUCUUCUGGCAGCAUGGAGAGGAAGCCAUGGUCAAAGCAGUUGUGGCUUGUAAACUCUACAAGGCAAUGGCACGUGAAGCUAAACAGAGCAACAUGGUGGAUGACACUUCAGAAGAACUUAAGAAGUACUCAAAGGAAUUUGGUCAGCUUGCCUUAGAUGUACUGGAAAAAGCAUUCAAACAAAAUGAACAGAUGGCCAUGAAGUUGCUGACCUAUGAACUGAAAAACUGGAGCAACUCAACUUGCUUAAAACUAGCAGUGUCUGUGGGCCUGCGACCUUUUGUAUCUCAUACUUGCACACAGAUGCUACUGACCGAUAUGUGGAUGGGACGCCUGAAGAUGCGGAAGAACUCCUGGUUUAAGGUCAUUAUAAGUAUUCUCCUGCCUCCCACUAUCUUGAUGCUGGAGUUUAAAAACAAGGCAGAAAUGUCUCAUGUGCCUCAGUCUCAAGAUUUCCACCAGUUUACAUGGUACCAUGGGGACCAGAGCCCACCCAGCACUAAAGAUGUCUUGUCUCUGAAGGAUUAUGAUGUGGAGAAGGUGGCUCAGAAGUCUGAUGAAAGCCAAGUAGACGGUGGACAAGGAAACCUGCCUAACACUAGAAAAAUCUAUGAGUUCUACAAUGCACCAAUUGUCAAGUUCUGGUUUCACACGAUGGCAUACAUGGCGUUUCUCAUGCUCUUCACUUAUACUGUAUUGGUGAAGAUGGAACCAAGACCGAGUGUGCAGGAGUGGCUUGUUAUUAUUUAUAUAUUCAGCACUGCCAUUGAAAAAGUUAGGGAGGUAUUUAUCUCAGAACCUGGAAAAUUCUGCCAAAAAGUGAAGGUGUGGAUUUAUGAAUACUGGAAUUUUACUGAUUCUAUAGCCAUCAUCCUUUUUAUGAUUGGUUUUGGCUUGCGCUGGUCUGAACCUCCUGUUCAAACUGCAGGGCGGCUACUUUAUUGCUUGGAUAUAAUAUUUUGGUAUGCCCGUCUCCUUGAUCUCUUUGCUGUGAACCAGCAUGCUGGCCCAUAUCUGACAAUGAUUGGGAAAAUGACAGCAAACAUGUUCUAUAUUGUGGUCAUGAUGGCCAUUGUCCUGUUGAGUUUUGGAGUGUCACGAAAGGCAAUACUUUCACCAGAAGAGCCUCCUUCUUGGACUCUGGCCCGAGAUAUUGUGUUUCAACCCUACUGGAUGAUGUUUGGUGAGGUCUAUGCUGGAGAAAUAGAUGUUUGUGAAACCAAUCAAGAUUGUCCUCCUGGGUCCUUCCUCACACCGUUUCUCCAAGCUGUCUACCUCUUUGUGCAAUACAUCAUCAUGGUCAACUUACUUAUUGCUUUCUUUAAUAAUGUUUACUAUGAUUUGAAAUCCAUAUCAAACAAGCUCUGGAAGUACAACCGGUACCGCUACAUUAUGACCUAUCAUGACAAGCCAUGGCUGCCUCCACCUUUUAUUCUCCUGAGCCAUAUUGGACUUCUGAUAAAUCGCAUCUUCCACCACCGGCCCACAAAUGAGUCUGAUCAAGAGGAAGGUGACGUUGGACUGAAGCUGUACUUAAGUGAUGAGGAGUUGAAGAAACUCCAUGACUUUGAGGAACAGUGUGUGGAAAAAUAUUUUCAUGAGAAGAAUGAAAGCUUGAGUUCCAGUGACAGUGAAAGGAUCCGUGUGACAACAGAAAGAGUGGAGGAGAUGUUUCUGCAGCUAAAAGAAGUGCACGAGAAGGUAUUUUAUAUCAAGGAGUCUUUAAUCUCCCUCGACAGUCAGCUAGGACAUUUGCAAGACCUGUCUGCCUUGACAGUGGACAUCCUGAAAGUGCUUUCGGCUGUAGACACCUUGCAGGUGGAAGAAGCCUUACUGGCUGACACAAAAUGUCGAUCCUGUAGGAAGCUGCCCCAUAGCUGGAGCAACGUUCUCUAUUCCAAGACCCUGAGCAGUCUGGAGUGUUUGUAUGACAAGAAGUACCACUACUACAGCAUGCCACCCUCUCUGUUACGGAGCUUGGUGAGGAGUCAGUGGUCAUCAGAAUGCAAAGACCACAAACUGAGGACUGAGAGUAAUAAGGUGGCAGAAGACAGCUCUCAGAAGAUAGAAAUAGAAAGUGACACACUCACUUCAGGCAUAUCUUCUGAGACUAAGUCAACCCCUAGAUAUGGACAAUUUUUGCUGGUACCUCCUGAUCACCAAGGAGGGCCCUUUUCAGAGGAUGUCACCUUAAAUUUGUCCUUUUCGAGCACUACUACCAAGUACAGGGAAGAUGUAUUCAGUAAUGAACUGCAAAGGAGCACUGCAAUGCAGCAAAACAUGCAAAGUGUCAGCCUCGUUGAUAAAGAGCCAGAAGAUUAUCAGUGGAGCCAGAGGGACUUUGUUAUUCACUUGCCAUCUAAAAAGACUAAUGCUGUAGAGGCUGAUCAUCCUCUCAGUCUCCAGCCAUCACUGGAUGAUGGAGAGAAUACAACACCCUGCUGCGAUGACAGGGAAGAAACUGAAGGUGGUUAUGUGAACUGGGGAUUCUCUGAAGGUGAUGAAAAAGGGAUUUUCAGCUCAAGAAAGAAACAGAAGGCCCUGUGCAUACAUUCCACCUAUAACUGUGACUGCAAUUGCACAGGUAGCCCUCCCAGGCACGUCCAGAUAAAAGAAUCAAAGUCCUUCUCUUGCAACUCCAGCAGCUCACAGCACAGCAUCAUCUCUGAGAACAAACUGAAACACAACACCUCCUUUUGGAUCAGCCCCCUCUGGAGGGACUGGGGUGUCUGCAGAAGCAACAGCUUACCGUCCUCUCAAAAAGAUAAAAGAGGGAAAACCUGCAAGGCCAUAGGUGAGUCUUUACCAUCUAGUGAGCUACACUACAGUGAGGCAACAAAAGAAAAACAACAAAACAGAGACAGAAAGUCUGGCAGAGAAAAGAAGAAUCAAAAACCCCUUCAGGUGCCGGUGAUUAGAGUGGAUGAUUGUCCUCAGAACACCCAAGUGAGCUCAGAGCCUGCAGAGAUCACUAUCUGGGAUGAGGAAGAGAAACACAGCAAGAACUGGCUUACUGUGUCUAAUUUCAGUCAGCUAAGUUUGGAAUGUCUCAGUUACAUGCACCAGAAAAUGAAAAAUCAAGACAUCCGUAGGCAUACCAUACCAUUCUGUGAUUACCUGAGGCAUUCUCAAGAGGAUUUGAGUAAUAGCAUGUCUGGAAGCACACAGAGAAAUAAUCUGAGAAACUCCUCGUUGAGAGCUUCAGAAGGACCUGACAAUAUCUUUGCCUGCUUGAAAACAUCUCAAGAUCUGCACCAUCAUUACUCAGCUGUUGAAAGAAACAACUUAAUGAGACUUGCUCAGACCAUACCAUUUACACCAGUCCAGCUCUUUGCUGGAGAGGAAGUGACUGUCUAUCGACUAGAAGAGAGUUCACCUAUGAACCUUGAUAAAAGCAUGUCUUCCUGGUCCCAGCGUGGUAUGGCUGCAAUGAUCCAAGUCUUGUCACGGGAGGAGAUGGAUGGGGGUCUACGGAGGGCCAUGAAGGUCGUUUGUACUUGGUCUGAGAAUGAUGUAUUAAAAUUGGGACAAGUAUUUAUUGUGAAGUCUUUUCUGCCAGAGGUGGUUCAGACUUGGCAAAAGAUCUUUCAUGAUGGCACAGUGUUACAUCUCUGCCUGAGGGAGAUCCAACAGCAAAGGGCUGCCCAAAAGUUAAUUUAUACCUUCAAUCAAGUGAAGCCUCAUACCAUUCCCUAUACUCCAAGAUUCCUGGAAGUUUUCCUCAUCUACUGCCAUUCAGCAAACCAGUGGCUGACCAUUGAGAAGUACAUGACUGGCGAGUUUCGGAAAUACAACAACAACAACGGAGAUGAGAUUGCUCCCACCAGCUUGCUUGAAGAGCUUUUGCUGGCCUUCUCUCACUGGACCUACGUAUAUACUCGUGGGGAGCUCCUUGUCCUGGAUUUGCAAGGUGUUGGGGAAAACCUUACAGAUCCAUCUGUGAUUAAACCUGAAGACAAAAGAUCUGGAAAGAUGGUAUUUGGACCAGCAAACCUAGGAGAAGAUGCAAUAAGGAACUUCAUCACAAAGCAUCGUUGUAACUCCUGCUGCAGGAGGCUGAAACUUCCUGAUUUGAGAAGAAACGACUGCACAAUGGAAAGGCUCCGUCCAGCCUUUGAAGGAGAAGCAGAGGCAAGUGCCAGAGAAACUGACGAAGCAGAUGAGCCUCUGGAGUAUGACACACGGUUGUGAAACAGUAUCUGUGAGCAGAGCCCACGUAUGCAUGCUUGAAAACCUUGUCCAAAAGAACAAAACAUAGAUGUCUGAGUGCAACAUCUGUCUGCAUUUGACAGAUGCUACAGGCAAGGAAUCAAAAAAAAACCACUCUCGUUAUUUACUCCCUUUCUCUUGUGUCUUGUGCUUGUCUGUUUUGUACUGCUCAGUAAAUUGCCAUCAGCACAUCACCCCUUAGCUGGAUCAACUGUCCCAUCAGUGCCUUUUUUUUGGAAAUGUGGCUAGUAGUUCCAAACUAUGAUGCCUAAAGGAAAAUGACUGUGACAAAAAUAUUUACAGGGGGAAUGAUUUGAUGUGAUUUGUGUUUUUGCUCUUUAGUAAAUACCUGAAUAUAUACAUGUGUAAAUCACUCAUUUUCAGAUGCAGGGCACACUCUGCCUUACGUUUGCUUUUGACCUGUAUGUAGGAUACUUUCCAAGAAAAUAUAUAAAAAUUAUUUUCUCUUUUUUGUUGACUUUGUUGAAAAUAAGAAUACACAAGUAACAAAUUACUGAUUUAAACAACAGCCACUGGUAUGGCAGAUGCACUGCAGAAUUGUGUGGGAACUUCAUCCUGAGUCCUUAUCACAUACCAAGAACAAGACAGACAAUGAAAUGUUAGAUUAUUGGGCCCACAGGCAUGAUUAACUGUACUCAUUUUGAGAUGAUGAAAUUGAUACAUCCAUGAUCUUCCAUUCAAACAUAAAGAAUAACGUUGAUUGUGAUAUAAAUUUUAACAGGAUUUGCCUUUCUUUGUAAUAUGUUAGCUUUAGGGUUUUUUUAAGUCUUUAGGUGGUCAAUUGCAAAAAGGUUUGAAAAGUCACAAAGAAUAACAUAUUCUGUUUGGUAUUUAACUUCAUGUUGACAAUGUCAGGCCAUACAUGGGACUAUUUUCUACCAAUGUUACCAAUGGAGCAGUAACAUGUAAGCUUCUGUAGCACAUUCAUCUGUUUUUCUAUUGAUUUUGUCUGAUUUCAGGAGAAUCUGAUAUAACAUUAAAAUCAAUUAUGUCCAAUAUGAUUUUUGUACAAUAAGGAUUGAAAUGAACUGCAGAGCACAAAUAUCUAAUAUAACUUAUGUUGUAUUACAGAUCACUUCUACCAUUAAAGAACCUUCAUAAUUUUAUAUUGAGUAGAAAUA